CUUCCUUUCCCUUCCUUUCGCCUUGCCGAUUCUCUCUCUUUCUCAUUCUUGUGCUUCUUCUCCUCCAUAGCCGGAUAGCUCUAUCUACCCAGUUCAAGCACGCAUCGGCGAAUCCAAUUUAUUACAUCUGAUGCAUAGUUAGGCACGCCUUAGGCUCAAGGCUCCUAAACCUAAACACCUUUUAGAGCCUAAAACCCGACCAGAAGAAGAACCUGCCAGGUCGCAAGCCUUGGUGGUGAUCUGGCUUCCAUGGAAGGGAACGAUGAAGAAGAUGCCCGGAGAGAGACCGCCUUGGCUGCAAGCAUUUCAUUCCAAGCCGAUUCCAAGCCCUCAAGGAUCACAGAAGUUCAGCUUGACAAGCUCAAGGAGUUGCACAAGAAACGCUUACGGAUAAAGGAAAGAUCAAAUGCUAAAGUGAAAUCUAUUGGAAAACAAACUAAAUUUGUAAAGAAGUCAGAGGACUAUGGUACCAAUGAUCCGCCCGAGAGGAUGAAUGGACCUCAUCUUUCCAACUCAAAAGGAAAUGCCUGUUUGGAUGAAAUAGCAGAAACACUGACAAUCAAAAAGCGGCAAAAGUUGUAUUGGGGACUUGAUCCAAAGGAAAGAUGGGAAAGGAAGGCUAACAUGUAAAAUCUUCUCUGAUGGCCCAACCUUUGCUCUACAAUUUUUAGGAUCUGGAGUCAAAUUAACCGCAAUUAUUGCUAAUCGGAGACCAUUGAUCUGAGCUGGAGGUCUUAGGCAAAAAGCUUAAUCAGGAAAUUAUUAUUAGCACAUCAAGAUAGUGUUCUGUUUGCUGCAUAAAUUAAGCAAAAUUACUAAGUUUAUUAUAUCAGCAAUAAUUCAAAAUGUCUCUUUGUUAAGAAGCC